AUGGCUGGAAAAUUCAAAGAGUUGUUGAUGAAAUACGGCAAAGUAGGGCUGGGAGUGCAUUGCUCGAUAUCCGCCGCAUCAAUCACCGGCCUAUACAUCGCCAUCAAAAGCAACGUCGACGUCGAAUCGCUGCUCCAGAAAUUAGGUAUGCACAGCCUCGACAAGUAUAAGGACGCCGCUGCCAAUCAGGAGGCCUCAGAAUACGUCGAGACGACGACGACCACGGCCUCUGGUUCGGUAAACGAUCCAGCAGCACAAGCGAGGAACCGAACGGCUGAGCUGGCGGCGUCCAACGGCGGCGCUCUGGCUUUGGCGCUGCUGAUCAAUAAGGCGCUUUUUCCUGUUAGGGUUCCCGCGACGCUAGCCCUUACGCGGCCUGUCGCGAGGUUCCUUGUGAAGCGCAACAUUAUCAACAACAAUGGCAUUGUAUGAUCACGCCGCGCGGAUGAUUGAUUCCUGGAGCGUCUCUGUAAUUCUCUACACUGAAUAAUGUGUGACAUGUUGCCAUUGAUA